UAUUAAACUGUACCCUGCUGCUGCCUGCUGGUUCUUCACAGCCAGUGCAUGAGAGAAGGAAACACUACAUAGGUUCUCAACCCUGGUGACCCCUGUCCUGCAUGUUUUAGUGCUGUCCCUGCUCUAACAUAUCCGCUUAACUUAGGAAAGAUUAAUUAGCUGAUUAAUUGGAUCAGUUGUGUUGGGUACAGGGAAUAAUGUGCAGAACAGGGAGUACUUCAGGAAAAGGGUUGGGAAUCUGUGACAUUUUUAUAAAUGCCUACAUUUUUCACUCUUCCACCAUGUCCACAAAGUCUUCUGGGGCUCUGUAUAAUGUUGACCAGAGUGGAGGCUAUUCAAACAGUGAAGAAAUUCAGCUUUUGUGUGUGUGUGUGUGUGUGUGUGUGUGUGUGUGUGUGUGUGUGAUAAAUGAUUGUGCCAGAGUCGUCAAUUAAGUUAAGAGUCCUUUAGAUGUCAGAGGUCUUUUUAAUAUGCAGCCCUUAUUUCUGGAUGUCAAAAUCAAUUGUGCUGAACCCUUGCAAUCACAAGUAUUCAAGUUUAUGAUCUUAUUUCCAUGAAAUUUAUUUUUAGAAGGUUACUGGCCUUUAGCUGUUCUAGCAUUUAUUAUUUUCUAACUACAUUACCACAUUCAUUUACCUUUUCAUUUUCUGAUUGAUAUAGCAUAAUCUUCUAGUGUUAUGUUCAGUUUUAUGGCCUGUGAAAGGAAGUGAUUACUACCUGGCCCUGCAAACAUGUGUAUGCGUCUUUAAACAAGCCGAAAAUAAAAGUGUUAUUAUUUUUUUUUUUGCCAAAAAUGAAAGUGAAACUAAGUGAGCACUCAGAAGUAGCGAGAAUAACAACCUAAGAAAAUGGCUUCUAAGUUUCUCUGCAGUCUGCACAGUGAGAAACUCAAACUCUUCUGUCUGGACGAUCAACAGCCGGUGUGUGUGGUGUGUCGGGAUUCAAGAAAACACACCAACCACAAAUUCUGCCCCAUUGAUGAGGCAGUAACAGACUACAAGGAGGAGCUCAAAACUGCACUGAAGCCCCUACAGGAGAAACUGAAGAUCUUUAAAGACUGUAAACUGAACUGGAGUCAGAGUGAAGAUCAUAUAAAGAUUCAGGCCCAACACACAGAGCGGAAGAUUAAGGAGGAGUUUGAGAAGCUUCACCAGUUUCUACGAGAUGAAGAGGCAGUCAGGAUUGCUGCACUGAGAGAGGAAAAGAAGCAGAAGAGUCAGAUGAUGAAGGAGAAGAUUGAGAAUCUGAGCAGAGACAUAUCGUCUCUUUCAGACACAAUCAGAGCCAUAGAAGAGGAGAUGAGAGCUGAAGACGUCUCGUUCUUACAAAACUACAAGGCCACAGUGAAAAGAGCUCAGUGUACACUGCAGCAUCCAGAGGAGCUUUCAGGAGCACUGAUCCAUGUGGCAAAACAUCUGGCCAACCUGAAGUUCAGAGUCUGGGAGAAGAUGCAGGACAUUGUCCAAUACACACCUGUAACUCUGGACCCCAACACUACUCAUCCUAAACUCAUUGUAUCCGAUGAUCUGACCAGUGUGAGACGCAGUGAUGAGCAUCAGAAGCUUCCUGAUAAUCCAGAGAGAUUUGAUGAAUUUCCAUGCAUCCUGGGCUCUGAGGGGUUUAACUCAGGGACACACUGCUGGGAUGUCAAAGUGGGAGAAAGUACAGUGUGGGCUGUAGGUGUAAUGGCAGAAUCUGCUCAGAGGAAGGGUAAGGUAAACUCCAGAAGUGGACUCUGGUAUGUGAGAUAUUAUGAAGGUAAAUAUAGAGCAUGUGCUACACCAGAGCUAUCUACUCCUCUCUCAGCAGUACAGAAACUUCAGAGGAUCAGAGUGCAGCUGGACUUGGACAGAGGAAAGCUGUCAUUCUCUGAUGCGCUCACUAACACACACAUACACACUUUCACACACACAUUUACUGAAAAAAUGCUACCACUUAUAAAUGUUGUUUGUGAAGUGUCUCCACUGAAGAUCGUCGCACUUCAAUACUCUGUAAGAGUGAAUUAGUUCAGUUAAAGCUAUAAUGAAACAAUGUUUAAAUUCAUUUUAUUGAUGACUUUUAAUGAAUUAAGGCUUUGAACAGGAGAAUACAACAGUUUGGUGAUGUCACUGGAUCACCGGCUUGAUGCAUUUAUUGCAAGCAGGGCAUAAGCUAUCAAAUAUUAAAUGUUAUUUACUUUUAUUUACUAAGGACUAUCAAUACUUAUACUUUGCCUUACUUAAAAUUGAGUGUUCUGCUACCAAAUCUGCCAUGUUUUAAGUCAUUUCACAUCUAGGUGUAAAUAUCAGGAAAGGAAAGCUUAAAUUCUGAUCUAUUCUUUCAUAUUAAUUUUUUGAUCACAAACCUUUUAGUGUGUUCAGUGUGUAGCAAAAACCAAAGAAUUGGCCUUGCCACUUAUUUUAUAUUAUUAUAUUAUUGGUGUUUCAUCUUAUGGUCACAAUUGUUAUUUAAAGAUAAAUAAAAACAUAGAAUUGAAGGAGGGUGUGUAUGUGAGUGUAUGUGUGUGUGUACUGUGUAGAUUUGUGGUUAAUAAAUCAUACUUCAUCUUAGAAUGGAAAGAACGAGAAACUUAUCAAGGUUAAUACUAAGGUUUAAAAAAUCACUUUGCCUUGUCUCAGUUAAUAAGUUUAUUAUUGAUGUUUAAUCAUUUAGAUUUAAUUAAUUAAAAUUUAAUUUGCAUAAAUAAUGAGACAAUUAUUUAAU